AUGCCUGUAACUUUCACAAAUCUCUACGACCGCGACGCGGGGCUCGACGUCGAUUACUACCUCAAUACGCACAUGCCACUGGUGCAAAGGCUGCUUGGACCCGAAGUCAUGAUCUCGUGGAAGAUAUGGAAACUUCCUGGGGACAGCCCCUUCUCCUACGAAGGCGAGGUGGUCUGGGGCAGCCUUGAAGCACGGGAGGCCGCCUUAAAGUCCAAGGAAGGACUCCAAUGCAUUGCGGAUCUCCAGAACUUUGUGAAGAAGCCCGCGAUGGUAUUGCUGCGCGAGCCUGUGGGUGAGGGCCCGGGGAAACCUUGA